AUGUCAGUUAUUGCUUUUGAACAUUCAUUAGUCUUUAUUUCACAAUCAUUAUUAUCUCCAGCAACAAGAACAACCAUUAUCCAAGAACUUCAUGAAGUUCUUCAAGGGGUUGUUGGAGAAGGAAGGCUUGUUGAUAAAAUAGAUGAGGUAAGAAAGAAUUGGGUUGGCAAGAUCACAUUGAGGUUAUUGUGGGAUCUCAUCUGUCUUUCAACAAACAACCAAGUGUUUGAUCAAAUAUUAGUUGAAGAUGUCUUUCAAGAUGAUAAUAGAAAUACCGAUACACAACCUCUUUCAAUGAUGGACAGAAGAGAUUCAUUACUUUCUCGUAUUUUAGUUCAUUUGACUGAUUAUUAA